UAGUUUGCAUUUUACAUAACUAUUUCUACAAUGUGGCGUCGCAUUCGGUCUCCCAUUCUGUUCCCGGCAGCUUCAAAAAAAUUGGAACUGUUAAAAUUUUCACUGCUUUUGCUAUUCAUCCAGUGCUUUUUAUUCGUCCUAUUUGUGGCCUUUGGGGCAUACAGCCUUCGAGCGGACGCAUCCAGUCCUGGAAACAGCAUAACGCCAGUAUUUGGCGGCUUUAACCAUGCAAGAUUCAAUAUUGUUGCUAGAUUUCAACCAAUGUUUCAAGACAUCCACGUAAUGGUAUUUAUUGGGUUUGGAUUUCUAAUGGUGUUCUUAAAACGAUAUGGAUACAGUUCUCUUGGCUUCAACUAUCUUCUGGCUGCUCUCAGUUUGCAAUGGAGCAUACUGUGCCAGGGAUUUUUUGAACUAAAUGACGAUUAUAAAAUUGAAAUUGGCAUGACUAGUUUGUACAGAGCGGAUAUAGCUACAGCGACUGUAUUGAUAUCGAUGGGAGCUGUGUUGGGACGCGUUUCGCAUAUCCAACUGAUUGUGAUGAGUAUUUUGGAAAUUGCGGCUUAUUCAGUGAAUUACGUUUUAAACGAAAAAUAUUUCAAGGCAGUUGAUGUUGGAGGUUCCAUUCUGGUUCACACAUUUGGGGCGUAUUUCGGAUUAAGCGUGAGUUAUAUAUUGGGAAGGCAACAGAAAUGUCUCUAUGUUGACUUUGAUUUGAGUGUUAACUUACAUAAACCCACAUAUACUUCCAAUAUUCUGGCAAUGAUAGGAACGCUAUUUUUGUGGGUCUACUGGCCAAGUUUUAACUCCAUUGACUUGGAAAACGAUCGAGCACAUAGAGCCGUUAUUAACACAUAUUUGGCACUGGCUGCCUCUUGUGUUAUUGCGUUCGCUGCCUCACAGUUGAGCUCCAAAGAACACACAUUUAACAUGGUUCAUGUUCAAAAUUCCACACUAGCUGGAGGAGUGGCGAUUGGAGCUUGUGCUCAUUUGAUGGUUCAACCUUUUGGGGCCCUUCUAAUUGGAAUGAUUGCCGGAUUUUUGUCAGUGUAUGGAUAUAACACUGUAUCAUUUUUUCUAAAGCGCCGUUUAGCUAUUGAGGACACUUGCGGAGUUCAUAAUUUGCAUGGAAUUCCCGGAGCUUUUGGCGGAAUCACAGCAAUUCUUUUAGCUUAUAUUGCGACUGAACAGCAAUACGGAAAGACUCUUUACCAGGUAUAUCAAGCUAGAGCCAGCCCAGAAAUCUCUCCAAAUACUGAAUACAUAGUAUUGGAAACGGGCGAUGGAAGAACUGCGAGCCAACAAGCAGGAUAUCAGACCCUGCUUCUUGUAGUUACAAUUUUAAUGGCAACCGUUUCAGGACUGAUUUCAGGUUUCAUAGUUAGCUUGAGAUGGUGGGGCGAUGCUUCGCCAGAAACAUUUUAUGAAGAUUCAGUUUUCUGGGAGCUACCAAGUGAACAACAAGACGUACAAGAUCAUCCACCACCUACAUGGAAAUUAAAGGAAAAGUUGUAUAACAAUUCCAAUGUUAAUAUGUCAGUAGUAUGUAUGUAGUCAAAAUGUGUUUUUUAAUUAUUUUAAAUUACGUUUUACAUAGACUCGUAUUCAAUUCAAGCUUAUUUGGAUAUUUAAUGAUGAAUAUCUUGCAAUAAUUGCUUGUCAUUAUAUAUCUACAUGUAAAA